GCUGUCUGUCGGGGAAGAGCCCGAGUCUCUCCCUCUCUCUUUUUUCUUUCUUUUCUUUUUUCGCUUGGCUUUUCCGUUGGCUUUUCAAGUGAAAUGUGGUCAAAUCCGUCUCUCUCCUGUUAAUACGGAAAGUCGUCAUUAUUGAGCUUUCUCUCUUAAAAAUAAAUGUAUAUUCAUCAACUUGGACGUUUCUAUCGAAUUUCAGUCGAAUAUUUUCCAACGUUUGAAUUACGUGGUGUAGCGCCACGUAAAAUAAAAUAGAUAUCCCCCCCACCCCAACUGAAAAAGCAGACACACAUUUUGACGUGUGCUUGACUACGAGUAUCAAGGUGCCGACGGCUAACAGCUCCGAACGGCUGGGGCUGGGGGGACUCUCCAAGCCAAUGUGGCAAUUGUGUUCAGUCGAAGUUGCUGCUGAACGAGAACGAGACGUAUCUCUGAAACUUCUCCGAACAAAAUCAUUUUUUUUCCCCCUCUUCUUCGUCAAUCACACACACAAACACACCAAAUCCCCGACGAAAUCGAUCUCUCUCUCUCACUGGUGUCGUGUGUGUUUCUCCCUCAAUUUCGACGAAUAAUUAGUCUUGGAAAAAAUCGCCAUUACUCCCCACCACAAAAAAACGUUCAAAUGACUCAAUCGAUUGGCUUUCUUUUUUUCGAAAAUUGAAUUCUCGGUGUGUCUGUGCUGCCGAGUCUCUUUUUUAUUUUUUGGCGCAAGCAUAAACUUUGGUGGGGACAUAUAUCCAACGAGUGUGUUACGUGUUGGACGUGUGGUGUGUGUGUGGUGUGUGUUGCAGUGUCUGUGUGUCGACUGGAAUCUGGCCAAAAGCAAGCCGAGUCUCGUGUCUUGGAUUAUUGCACAAUUUAAGACUUACCACUUACUCACUACUACCACAUACCUCUAACCUCAUCUCUGCGGAUCUAUUCAAACUCGGCACAUGCAGGUUGAUUCAGCAUGAAAACAGGCCAUGUUGUGGAAAGAUUAAAGCAUUCGAGUAGCAGCAGCAGCAGCAGCAGACUGGAGCCUCAACGGAUGUGGAGCUAAGAGCGGGGCAGCCAAUAAGAUUAUUGGUUGCGUGCGGAGUAAUGUCGGAGGUGCUGCCUCCGAAACGUCAGGCGGCCGUGGAUCGACUGCGGAGGCGAGUCGAAGUCUACACCAAGGAUCAUCAGGAUCGAUUUAUGCACUAUGAUCGAAUCGGACCGGCCUUGUGCGAACAGCAAAUGCAAGAGUCGUUCGCAUUGAAGCAAAAGUAUCUCGACCCCAAAGCCAAAAAGACGAGUAGCAACAGCAAGAGCAAUAAAAGCAGCAGCAGCAGUAGCGGCGGAAUUAAUAACAACUCAACUACUAAUACCGGUGGUGGUCCGUCCAGCACCGAACGUACAAAACCGGCUACGGAGACUCACGCCGGCAACACGCAGUCGAAUAAGUACGGGAAGCGUCCGCUGGACGAGAGCGGAGAUGGAGGAGGGAGUGAGUCCAGCGGGAUGAACGGAUCAUCAUCCCAAAAUCAAAAUCAACAAAAUCACUCCUCCUCCACUUCGUCGUCGUCGACGUCGGGCGGCGGCGACGGACCACCGGCCGCCAAGAUCCAAUGCACGACGACGACGACGGCUAGCUCAUCGGCGACGGCCUCUGGUGGCGGCCCAGCCAAAUUCUCGGUCGAAAUCGUUCAGCAGCUCGAGUUCACCGCUAGCGCCAGCGGCGCCACCAGCGUCUCUGUCAAGACGCUCACCAACACAUCCGUCAAGAGCGAGACUCAGGUGUCGCCAUCCAACGGCCAAGAUGGCCCGCCCGAAAUGAAAAAGGAGAAACGAUGCGACACGCCCGACUUUAUGGCGGAAUUGAACGGCGACUCUGAUGAAACGGCGGCCGAUUUAGCCAAUUUGGAGCGUUUCAUCUCGGAGGACACGUCGGAUGGAAUCAUCAAUGCGGAUACGUUCAAAGAUCUGAUCUCAGAGAUACACGAUCUGCCUCCUGAAUUUAUGGAGGAAUUCGAUUUCGACACGACAGACACCAACAUCAAAAGUGGCGGACUCUUGUCCGAUCCAUUCGGCGCUCCUUUGGUAUCCGACGGAUCUCGCACGGUCGACUCCAUCGUCUCACGACUCAAGCAGGAAGAGGUGGAAGCGGCCGACCGCGAAAUCCAGGCAGCCAUGCUGGAUAUCGGCAAAUCGAUGAGCAUGAACGCCCAGUCGAGUAGCAGUUCCAGUAGCUGCAACAACAACAACACGUCAUCAUCCAUCUUGACGACGAGUAUAACGACAUCCAGUUGCAGUACGGCCACCCUAUCAUCGACAUCAACUGGAUCAUUUAACAACAACAAUCCGACUGGGAUUGCUCCAGGGCCGUUUGUUGAUACCUCCAAAAGCACCCCGCCCAUCCAGCAUCAACAGCAGCAGCAGCAGCAGCAAAGAGUGGACAACAGUGCUGCCGUCGCUGGUGGUGGCAAUGGCAUGAAUAAUCGGCAAAUGCCGCAACCAUUUGGAGUCAAUUCCGGUGGCCCGGAACUCAGUCCGGCCGCGUUGACAUUGAAGCAAAUGGCGGAGCAACAUCAACACAAAGCUCAGAUGGGUAUGACUCCGGCGGCCAUGAAUCAGGCCUCGACAGGUCUCUCUGCGCCCCCGACAAUGGCCAAUCAAGGUGCACCUUUGGUUCCUCCCCACCAUCCGCCUGUCGUCAACAACAUGCGGAUGCGGGGCAAUUUCCAAGACCAGCAGCAGCAACACCAACAACAGCAGCAGCAGCAGCCUCAGCAACAACCGCAGUACAACAAUCCAUCCGCACAAGGCCCAACCCAGCAGCAGCAGCAACAACAACAACAGCAGCAAGCGAAUCAGUUCAUGAAUCGAACGCCGUACACGGGCCAAGGUGGCUACGGUCCCAAUAGUCCAAUGAUCAAGAAGGAAAUGCCCUAUUUUGCCAAUUCGCCCUUGGGAGGCAACAGCCCCGGACCUGGGCGACCAGUCCAACAACAACAACAGCAUCAACAACAACAGGGCAUCCCCGGUAGCCAACAUCAAGUCCCUGGUGCCAAAUCAUCACCUGUUCCAAUGAGCCAGACAAGCCCAAUGGGACCACCUACCCCUCAGCAAAUGCAACAACAACAACAGCAGCAACAACAAUUCAACGCUCGAAAAGCGCCAACGCCGACGAGUACAACUGCAAGUGGCAAUAACACGAGCGGUAACAGCGGUCGGACACCUCCGCCAUCAGCUGCUGGACCGGGCAGCGUCCAGUUUAGCCAAACUCAACAGCAACAGAUGCACAUGAGUAGCAGCGGAGGCAACAACGGUCAACAAAUCCAGAUGGCUGCAUCUCAUCACAUGCAAAUGUCAGCGGAUGUCAAAGUCAACGCCGGUAUGUCCAACAUGCAAAUGAGGCAGCAGCAGCAUAUGGUACAACAGCAACAACAGUCCAUGUUUUAUCAAAAUCAAACGGCUGCCGCCACCGGACAACAGCAACCGACUGGAACGCAACAGCAGCAACAAUCUCAAACACAAGUCGCGCAACAACAGGCGCAGCAGCAGCAGCAACAACAACAGCCAGGCAUGGAUAACACGUACACGUACUCUGCCAGCCAGACGCAAACCAUCAACUUUACUCAACAACAUUUGAGAGCCAAUACGAGAAUGCCAGCCUCCCUCAGCGUCCAGCAGCAAGCCGCGCAACAACAGCAACAAGCUCUGCAACAUCAGCAGGCGGCACAACAACAACAGGCCAUGAUGCGGAUGCAAAUGAUGCAGCAACAACAGCAACAUGUACAACAACAGCAGCAACAACAGGGUAUGACGCGCCCUCCACCUCCCGAUUACAAAACGCCGAUGAUGGCCGGUGGUGGAGGAAUCGCGACACCCGGAGUAGCCGCCGUUGUACCUAACCAGCAGCAACAGCAACAACCCAACGUGAUGAUUGGGCAACAACAACACAUGGGUAUGAUGGCUGCUGGCAAUCAACAGCAAGGAGUUGUUGGAGGAGGAUACCCACCGGCCAUUCGGCCAGGUAUCCGGCCGAUGGUUCCCGCUCAAUCGGUGGCGGUUGGGCGUCCGUCUCCCAACGGAAACACCUCUCCGAUGUUGCAGCAACAGCAGAUGCAACAACAGCAACGACCUAUGAUGAACUACCCACAGCAACAGGUCCAACAACAGCAACAACCUCAAGGAAUGAUGGGUAUGAACAACAUGGGAGGCUACGGCGGUGGCGGCGGUAACAACAUGAUGAUGAAUCGGCCACAGUACAACAACAAUGGCGGGGGUGGCAAUCCGAUGGUCAGGGCUCAACGGCCGCCCAACGUGACGGUUGGUCCUGACGGGAUGAAUGCCUGGAGGCAGCAGCAAAUGGCCGCUAUGCAACAACAGCAGCAACAAGCCCAACAGCAGCAGCAGCAGCAGCAAGUCCAACAACAGCAGCAAGCUCAACAACCCCAGCAGGCCCAACAAAUGGCCCGUUUCCAACAGCAGCAAGCAGCAGCCAACAAUCCCAACAACAUUCGAAUGCAGCAACAAACGUACAUGCAGCAGCAGACGUACAUGCACGCGGGAAAUCAGGGCCAAAACAUGCAACAACAACAGCAGGUGACUUUGACAAUGCAGCAACAACAGGCGCAGCAAAUGCUUCAUUCGCAAAACAUGGGCAAUGCCAUGAUGCAACAGAAAAUGCAAAUGGCGACGAAUAUGCAGAUGCAACAACAGGGAAUGCAGCAGCAUAUGAGAGUGCCCCAACAACAGCAGCAGCAAUUCAGCCAAGCGCAGCAAUUUGCUCAGCAGCAGCAAUUCAAUCCCAACCAGCAGCAGCAACAACAACAACAGUUUGCCCAAGCUCAGCAUUUCAACAACGCCGGCCAACAACAGUUCGCCAACGCAUCUCAACAACAGUUUGCAACAGCCCAACAGCAACAGUUUAAUCAACAGUCUCAGGCCGGCGGAAUGGGACAGCAAACUAUGCAGCAGCAGCAGCAGACACCUCAACAACCGCAACAACCUCAGCAGCAACAGCAAUUUAACAAUCCUCAACAGCAGCAACAAGCAGCCAACAGUGGUGUCGUGGGUGGUGUCAGUUCUAGCAGCAACAGUGACUUUAGUUUGGAAUUUUUGGAUAAUAUAUCCGGCGAUAACGGCGGCCAGUUUGGCACAGACGCUCAGGAGCUGCUCAAUUCCUUUGACACUGGAGUGGGUUUCAGCUUGUUGGACACGUUAUGAAGUGGUUGUUAAUCUUCCGUGUCUCUCAGUGUUGAGUGUGCGACCACCUGCCCGUCCAUCGUUUGUUUCUUCCUAUUGACUAUCUACUGCAACGUUGUUGGUGUUGCACACCACCGCAAAAGGACAACAACCAAAAAAAAAAAACAAUUUAUACGACGAAAAAGUGUGUGUGUGUGACUGUGUGUGUUGAAAAGCUCGGUGACACGUAGCAUAUUAGCCCCUGUCUCUCUCUCGUUGACUUAUACUCUCGUGUUGAUUCUCUUAUCUCAUAUCCAUAAACAAAAAAUGUGUGGCAAGUUCCUUUAUUUCGGUUUUCCUCAAAAGAGAACCCGUUCGUUUUUCUUAUAUUUUCUUCUUCUUCCUAUUUUCAAUCUGAUAUACUAUAUUGUAAUUUGGAGGGGGGAGCAUUAUAAUUAUUUUUCCCAACUCAAAUUUUUCUUUGGGGGAUUUCUAAAAAUUGUCGACUACAAGACGACUGACGAUAUACAUAUUAUAAUAAUUUGUCUCUCCCAUCCUCGUUUUGAAUUGAAUUUGAUACUAUUACCUGCUAUACUACUACUACUAUUACUAUGUUUUUCUCUUUAAUUUUUCUCCUACCCCUCGCUCUUGAUUUAUAUAUUUCCCUCCUACCCCCCACCCUCUCCGGAACCAAUCAAAUCAAACUGUGUGUUGUUUAUUUUUUUUAUUUUUUUUCAAGCGAAAAGUCGACUUUAUAUUGGGAGUUUUGCUGGGAAUCGUCUCCCAAUCUCCUCAUGUCCUUACAUUUUGUCUCUGCGCUCCGAAAAAAUCGAUUCAAAAAGUUUUAAAAACCAAUUCUUCCCUACGUCUUUUCAAAAAACAUUCAAAAAAUCAUUUCGGUUCGUCGCGCACACAAAUUUCUCUCAAGUCGAAAUCACUGCAGAAAAUGAUCAAAACAGUGCCAGUAUACCUCCUCCAAUCCUUUUCCUCCGACCUCAACAACAACAACAACAACUAUUACAACAACGCCUUCCUCCUCCACCGACAUUCUUACCACCACCACCACUACUUCUCCCUUCCCCAAUCCCCCCCGAUUUAUAUAAUUAAUUUUUUUUAAAUCGAUGAUCGAACGAGCUGUGUGUAUAUUUUUUUAUACUCUCGCGCCAAAACAAAAAUAAUGUUGUUCUGAAUUAUGCAAUAUACAUGUUAAAUGACCAA